GUCAUCCAGGCAGUGGAAUGGUCUGUCUGUUAUUUCGGGUUUCACAUUGUCCUCUCAGAUAAAAGUAAAACAUGCUUUCUCCCUUGUUCUUUCCAACAGGAAAGAGACUACAAGAAUGGAUCUCUGUCAUCUUAUGCUUCUCUCUGAUCUGCUUCAACUUUUACAAUCUCCUCUUGUACCUGCGGCUGGAGCACACGCCCUCGGUCCUCGUUGGGAUCUUUGCAGGAGUUGUUACAGCUGACUUCCUCUCAGGACUGUUCCACUGGGGAGCAGACACCUGGGGAUCUGUGGAGCUGCCCAUCAUUGGAAAGGCUUUCAUCAGACCCUUUAGGGAACACCAUAUUGACCCCACAGCCAUCACCAGGCAUGAUUUCAUCGAGACCAAUGGAGACAACUGCUUCAUGACACUGGUCCCCUUGGCCAACAUGGCAUACAAAUUUGUGUCUUUUUCCCCGGAGGCCCUGUGUGAGACCUGUCCCUGGGAGUGCUACGUCUUUGCCCUCAUCAUCUUCAUCACCAUGACCAACCAGAUCCACAAGUGGUCGCACACGUACUUCGGGCUCCCGUGCUGGGUCGUGUUCCUGCAGGACUGGCACAUCAUCCUGCCCCGCAAGCACCACAGGAUCCACCACGUGUCCCCCCACGAGACCUACUUCUGCAUCACCACGGGUUGGCUGAAUUAUCCAUUAGAGAAGAUAAGAUUUUGGAGAUGUUUGGAGACCAUCAUCCAAGGACUUACUGGUGAGAAGCCAAGAGCAGAUGAUAUGAAAUGGGCUCAGAAAAUCAAGUAACUUCUGCCAGCCUUCUGCAAUCCUUAACUUGUUGCCAAUGUUGUUUUUAAAAGAAAAAAGAAAAUAAAGCCAUCAGCCAAAUUCAAGACCUGCAAAGAAAUAACAGACUCUAAAGCACAAACUAAAAAGUGCUAACACAGACUACAAUGAAAAGAACUAAUUCUUAAAACAAUACUUGAAAUGAAGAUGAUUACUCUCACUGAGCACCUUUUUGUGUAGCCAUGUCUGCUUACACCUUAGAACUCGCUUCGUCGCUGUAUCCGUGAGGUACGGGCACGCCACAGGCACUGCAGGGGCACUGGGGGAGCAGGAAUCGUGUGUUGUAUCAACAUUCUGAACACUUCCCAACAGCUCGUGGCCUAAGACCUGCAGGGAGAGGUGACAGCCUUGUCACUGGGUGUUGGAGUGCUGUGUGGAGCAGUGGGGGGAGCAAUGGAAGCCUAUAAAUCAUGACUGCUCAAUGCACUCACUGAUUGAUCCACGUCCAGCUCUGUCUUCACUAUCAUGUUCAGCCUGAUUGAUGUCAUGUGCAACAGACCAGAGAAUCCCGCUCCUCCAGGGGCCACCAAUCCUCAAGUGUCUUCAGUUUCCCUUAAAACAAAAUUGUUGUACUCUCCACAUGAAAUUGAGCAGUUUCUGCAUAAGCCUUCAACUUCAGGAGCCUCUGAGGAGAGGGAGGGCACCCUACAACACGUGUGUCUGUUCGUGUGGAGUGCUCACUGCUGAGUCUUCUAUUAAGUGUUUCCUACCCUGACAAUAAAUGUUUGAAAUAGUUCUAGCAUUGGGCACACUGCAAAUAGCUGUAUUCAAGAGCUCAAGGUAUCAAACUCGUAAUGUUAGAAGGGAAAUGUCAAUGACUGGUGUUUUGUUCUUUUUAUUUUUUUAAGGUGCUUGCUUGUUUCUGUAAAUAAUAUAAAGCCUUAAUCUCUUCUGGUGUAAUGGAAUAAUAUUUUAAUGUGAUGUUUGAAUGUAUAUAAUAUAUUUAUAACAAAGCAGUUGGAUAAUACUAA